AUCUGAUAAUAAAUCAUUGAUAAACAAAUACUUCUAAGGAACUGAUCUAAAAUUAUCUACCUACCUAGAAUAUUAGGCACAUAUAAGUAACGAUAGAAGUGAGAAAAUGAUUGUGGUUUUAGUUAUUGUCGGUAUUUUCGGAUCCGUUUUCUCGGAUGAAAAUAUUUUAUGUACAAACAAUUUUUGUAAAGAUGUAAGCUGUCCUGAGUUGUCCACAAAAUGUAAAGCUCAAAAUGUUACGCACAACGGAGUUUUUUUAACACCACCUACUACUUGUAACUGUUGUCAAUUUUGCUUGGAUAAUUUGAAUGAAGGUGAAGAGUGUUCAACGGGUGAUGUUUCCGAUCCAGUACCAAAAGAAAUAUGUGGACCAGGACUCUUCUGUAAAACUAAAAGUCAAGACGAAUUUGAUGGAGUCUGUUCAAGAAUGGAGACAGAUUGUAUGAAUCGGCAAAACGAUUAUGAUGCAAGAGAAGCUGCUGGUACUCUAGGAACCAUGGAAGUUCGUCAGGAAUGUGAGAGUAAUGGGGAAUUUGUAUCUUAUAAAUGUAUACCAGGUCAAACGUGUUAUUGUGUUAAUGAAAAGGGAAAUAGAAUUUUUGGAGAAGCAGACUUUACGUCUAUUCCUGACUUGGAGUUGAAAUGUAAGUGUUCUAGAGAUUAUGAAGAUGCAACUGUAGUAAUUGGUAGAGAACUAAAUCCUGUUGAACAUUUUCGCUGUGCUGCUAAUGGAGAUUACGAAAAUGUGCAGUGUAUCAACGAUCAAUGUUUCUGUGUUGAUGCUUAUGAUGGAGUUCCCACGUAUCCAGACGAACCUACUGUUAAUAUUACGGAAAUUUCGAAUACAACCUUAAAAUGCUAUAAAAAACAACAACCAUGGCACUACCAAAAAUGCGAACUGGAAUAUAUUAAAAUAUUGAAUGAAUAUAAUUCUUUCAAAAAAGACGGAUACAAUAUGUUACUUGGGUUUGAAUAUCCAAAAUGUGAUAUGGAUGGGACUUAUCAAGCUGUUCAAGAAAAUAUUACACACAAAUUUUGUGUUGACAAAGAAGGAAUAAUUUUGAAAACUGUAGAUAAAGUGGCUAAUUCUAGUAUAGCCAAUUCAAUGGACUGCAAAUGUGUUAGAGCUUCUUUGAUAACAACAAAUGAAAAACCAGAUUGUAUAGAAAAUGGAAAUUAUGCUCCUAUACAGUGUAGAAGAGGAAGUUGUAGAUGCGUUGAUAGUGAUGGAAAUCAAGUCUGCAAAAAUGUUAAUUGCGAAGUGGAUGAAGUCAACAAAGUUAAUUUAAAAUGUUAAUUAUUUAAAAUUAAAUUAAUUAGUAUUUUAUGUUUAGGUGAAAGAAAGGAUUUAUAGAGAUAUGUAUUUUUAGUUGUUGAUUAAUUAAAUAAAUCAUAUAGUUUUA